UAGAAAAAAAAAAAAAAAAGUAGAAAGAAUCACAAGUCAACCAAAUUUGGAGGAUGUACCGAAGCUGACACGUGUCACGUAAAGCAAGUGGAGUAGUAUCACGUGGGUCCUUCACAAGUCCACAUGUACCUUUAUAAUUAUUGGCAAUUGGGCUAAUGGGCCUAUUGUUUUCAGCUUGACUGGAGUAGGGAUAAGUCUACUCCUAGUGCCAAACAGCAGCUAAAAACUUGCAAUCGGAGAAAGAGUGUGAGCUGCUGUACACAUUGAUACUCCCAUAGUUACUGCUUCUCGUCGCCGGAGGAAACCCAACGGAUCCGUUUUGAGAUCAAGAAGAAGUUCAUUUUAUCGUCUUUCAUGGCGAAGGAGCAGCACUUACGACCUUGGUUUCUGGAUCUAGUACCGGCUUUGGUUGUUUUGCUCGCCGCAGCUCAUGUCAUCGCCUUGGGUUACUGGAUUUACAGAUUGGCCACUGAUCGUCGAGCUCAGAGUCAGAGAGGCAAAUUCCACUGAAGAAACAUUCGAAUAGGUUCGUGAUCUGAACUACGGUGGUCCAGAAAUUUCAACAGUUGGUGGAUUUUGCUUCCGAUCUGAUAUUUGCGAUUAGGUGGGGGUUUUGUGAUCAUUGAUUUAGUCGCUUAUGAGGAUUUCGGAAAUGUUUGCUUGGAAUUCCGCCUAACUAGAAGUGAUUUUGAAGAUACUGGUUAGAUGGAUCAUAUCAGCUCACGAGUUCGUUUUCACCUAUGUUUUAGCUUCUUUUUUUGUCAACCACACCUAUGUUCUAGCUUAUAUUGACUUUUAUGCAGCUUUCAGGUUCUUCUAGAUAGAUUUUGUAGAAGUUUCAAUCAUCGUUUCAAUACACUAGUGUAAAUUGAAACAAUACCAAGAGGGUUUUUGUGUGCCUAAUGGUUGAAUUGCGUUCUUGAGAGGAGGCCAGUGUUCUUUGUUCUUGACUCCUCUCAAUAACACCUUUGAGUAUCAUUCAGUGUCAAAGAGUAUUGCUGUCCUGUGAUAAAUCUUUAUAAAGAGUUCAGAGACUGCCGAAUGCGAUUUCAACUUAACAAGAUUGUCCGUGUGUUAACACUUAACAUAUUAGUUGGUCUUUGAUCGAGUACUUAAGUAUAGGAUUGAAAGAUUCGAGGGAGUCUUUGGUAUUGGGUUUGCUUGGGAGCUUUAGGGCAUGGGAGAGUAAAUGAUGCUCUGGAAUUCAUCUGUAGGUUUUGGUUUGUUCUUUUGCUUCUGAGUUUCUUGUUUGUUCAUUUUUUCUCUGUGGAAAAAGAAAGCAGAAUCAGUUUUGGUUCUUAUCCCCCUGCUUUCUCGUUCUAUGUUUUCGUUUGAGUUUCUUACUAUCGUCACAGACAGAUUAUUCAUAGGUGCUUUUCAUAUGGCAAGUAACUACCCUUCACUGGUGUUUCACACAUUGUCUGAUGGGCCCAAGAGAACCGACCAGAAGAUGUAACCAAGAGUAGAAAAUUGUCUUCGGAAACCAUUUUAUUUAGCUGGAAAUGGUUGUCAGCUUUUAAAACAAAGUUCACAAUGUGGAUUUGUAUAGGUUGUAAGUUUUGCUUGAUUAGAAAACGGGGAUAAACAAAAGGAUAAUCCCUUUUCAUGGCAGGUUUAGAAGCUCUAAAUAUGACUUAAAUCACACAAUCAAGCAUUUUCCUUUGCUUAUUAGUUUUUCUCAUUUCAUGUUUCCUUAACCAGUUCAUUGAUUUUGCCUGUCCAUUCUUGACUUGUGGAAUGUAGUUUUUUUGUUUUGUUUUACUUUUGCUUGGUAUUAUGUGACAAUUCUUAUAAAAGCUUGUAUUUACUGGCAUAGAUUCAUCCCUUAAACUCGUAGUGGCUUAGUCUUUAAAAAACCGCGUAUCCAAUGUUUGAUUAUAACCUCUCGUGUCUUAUGUGCAACUGUUUUCAUCAGUAUUAAUCCAAAAUUUUCCGAAAA